AUGGCUGCUAAUCCUUCGCUUCAACUUGGAUUUCAAGGCACCACGGAACCGAACACUUCUGCGUUGGACUCAUCGGCUACGCUUUUAAUCAAACACCUUCCAGACGCUAUUCCUCAUGACACUCUUUCUCGACUCUUGGCCCAUUACGGAGCUUCCUCCGUUCGCCCUUGUUCUGGUGGAAGGUUGAGAAAUUGUGCUUUUGUGGAUUUCAAAAAUGACAUGCUGGCAUCUCAAGCACAGCGCCAACUAAAUGGGUUGAAAUUUCUUGGUAAAGUCUUGUCAGCCGAGAAAGCUAGUAAGCCAAUUGCGAAUGAGGAAAAAAGCAGUGAAACUCAGAUAAGAAAAGACUCUAAUACACCAGCGGUGAAGAAUGAAAAUGUAACUAAACCUAUUGAUGGAGACACAAAAUCGGGAGGCCAACCUAUUCAGGAGCCAAUUGCCCAUAGACUUGGUGUUGAUUAUCCAUUUCCUCCUCAUCUUGAGUAUGCUUAUCCUCCACCGGAUGGAAAUAUACUGACCAACAUUGUCAAUGCUCUAAUUGCUGUUCCCCGCUUUUACACUCAGGUUCUACACUUGAUGAACAAAAUGAACAUUCCUCCCCCCUUUCGUAUGGCACUACCCACACCACCAUUACCUCCAGAGGUUUCAGCCCCACCUUUGCCUCCUCCUCAUUCUGUAACUGCGAAGCCUCAAUCUGCAGAUAUGUCUAGUGAUGAAUCAGAAAUGGGAUCUUCAGAUGAGGAGGAUGGAGCAAGAGCACAAAAUUCUGGGCGAAAGCGUGCCAGGCAUGGGGCUAUAGUUGGCCCUGCUAUUGAUAAAGAUGUGGCUCAUGAGUCUGUUGGAGUAAAACCUGCCACUUUGAUCCCAAAAGAAAUCCCGAUGAUAAAAAAGAACCCUGUCUUAAAGAUCAAAAUUGCUCCCAAAGCAACCCUGAAUGAACAUAAGGAUAAUGACACAAGUCCAGAGUUACAAGAGCCAGAAAAAGAGACUCUAGAUCCCAACAAGUUUUUGACUCCGGAAGAAUUAGAGAGAGGAAAGUUGCCUCCUGAGGAAAUAUUAUCUCUUCCAAUGUUUAAGAACUAUACAGCAGGAAAUCCUGCUUCUGUGUUGUAUAUUAAGAAUUUGGCAAAAGAUGUGAUUACUGACGAUUUCUAUUUUUUAUUUGGGUCCUUCUUUGGAAGUACCGAGGCUGCUAAGUCUGGUCUUCAAGUCAAAUUGAUGCAGGAAGGAAGGAUGAAGGGUCAAGCUUUUUUAACAUUCCCCUCCACAGAACUGGCUCAUCGAGCUCUGAAUCUAGUGAAUGGACAUGUAUUUAAAGGCAAGCCAAUGAUCAUUCAGUUUGGCCGGAAUCCUGCUGCCGCCAAGGGAACUUAA